AUGUGUGUAGAUUAUAUUGGUGAUUAUUGGGGUAGAACGAGCGAAUAUCAUGUUGAUCAUGAAUCAAUAAUAUGGUCUUGUCACCCUGAAUAUGAUCUUAAUGGACAAUGGUCUGAUGUUGUUGGUCCAUAUGGUGUUAAACGUAGAUGUAUUGAUGGAAAAUAUGUUCAUACAUAUCAAAUAGACUAUGUCAAAGAUUUUGUACAAAAACAUGAUUCAAAUUAUUUACCCUAUUUUUCAUUUAUAUCAUUUAUAGAAGGUCAUGAAUUAAGUAUGCAAAUUCUUGGAAUGGUUGAUAAUGAACUAAAUCUAUUAAUUCAAUAUUUAACAUCAUCAAAUUUAAAUCAACCACCUAUUAUUUUAAUUGUUGCCGAUCAUGGAUUGCACUAUGGUCCAAUGUGGUCAGACACUACUGCCGGUAAAAUGGAAGCAAGAUUACCCGUUUUAAUAACAAUUAUUCCUAAUCAAUAUUUGACAGAAUCAUCAAAACAAAUUUUGAUUCAAAAUCGAAAUUUUUUAGUAACACCAAGAGAUAUAUAUUGGACAUUGUAUAAUAUAGCAACAAACUUAGUAUCAGAACCCAUUACAUCAACAAUAAAUGAUUUAAGACGACAAAGUUUAUUUGAUCCAUUGUCAACGGAACGUGAUUGUGUUACUGAAGGCAUACCUCAGCAUAUGUGUGCAUGCAGUCUUGAUGGAAUUACAAUUAAUCCUGCACUAGUCGGUAAAAAUGGAAAGUAA